AUGGCCAUCAAUCUGCACUUCGCCGACCCGGAUACUAUCCACAACAUUGUAAACCGACGCGGUGACUUCCAACGGCCCACCAAAGAGUUGAAAUUGCUAGAGCUUUAUGGACCUUGUAUUUCGACGGCGAAAUGGGACGAUUGGCCUCGUCAUCGCAAAGUGAUGGCCACACCAUUCAAUGAGACCAUCAUGAAAUUCGUCUGGGAAGAGUCGGUUCGCCAGACCAAAGGGAUGGUACAGUUAUGGGCCAGCGCGUCUACCACAGGAGUCGCAAGUUACCAAAAAGAUACGCGAACACUUUCACUCAACGUACUGGCAGCAACCGGCUUCCGAAAACUGUACGAUUUCCGUGGCUCUACUGAACCUAUAAUCGACGAAAUUGGGAGUUACCGCGAUUCUCUUCAGACCGUCCUUGAUAAUAUCAUUCUGUUAAUGCUGGUUCCCUUCCGUGUUCUGUGCAUGAUGCCUGGGAAUUGGGCUAGAAUCGGCAACGCAGGCAUCGUUUUCAAGCAACACAUGGCGAAGAUGCUUGAUGAUGAGAUCACGGCGCUCAAUCAAGGCAAAUCUGGGUCUGGUGGUAUCAUGUCGACCUUCGUACGUGCCGCCGACAUGCACCGAGCCGACCAUGAAAAUAGUAAAAAGGGGCUCUCAAUCGACGAGAUCUUUGGCAACCCCUUCGUCAUCAACUUCGCAGGCCAUGAUACUACCGCCAACACGUUGGCGUUCGCUAUGCUUCUUCUAGCAGCCUAUCUAGAAGUGCAAGACUGGCUAGCAGCUGAAUCCGCUACUGUUACUAGAGGUCAACCUGUAGAGGCGUGCGACUAUAAGGAAAUCUUCCCGCGACUCGAGCGUUGCCGCGCCGUUAUUUACGAAACAUUACGUCUAUAUCCACCCGUACCUGCAUUACCAUCAAUUGCCUCCAACGGGACGCAGAAAUUAGACGUCGGUGACGGGACCCUUUGCAUUCCGGAGGGAACAAACCUCACUGUUAACUUACGGGCUAUGCAAGUGCACCCACAAUAUUGGUCCGACGGAGUAGCAUGGCGACCAUCACGAUGGAUCCUGGGCCCUGCACCUGCAGACUCGCCCACGGCCGAACAGUUAUCUAAGGAGCAAUUCUUUGUCCCAAGUAAACAGAUCUUUUUCCCAUGGGGUGAAGGACCACAGAUCUGCCCGGGCAAGAAGUUUGCAGAAGUGGAGACGGUUGCUGUGAUGGCAUACCUGUUUAAAGCACAUCGUUUGGAGGUAAAGAAGCAUACUGGAGAAACUGAUAGUGAGGUGCGCAAGAGGAUUGACGAUUGUCUUGAUGAUAUGGAUCUAGAAAUGCUCGUUCGACUGCGAGAUGCGUAUAGGGUUACUCUUAUUUGUGAAGAAGCAUGA